AUGCUUCUCUGGUGGCCGAUGAAAGAUAGGAAAAUCCGACAAGGAGACAGUAUCACGGAUGUUGAAUCUCUUCCCAGUGAUUGGUCGUUUGGACAAAAUGAAGGAGACUAUAAUAUGAAGUUACCAAGAGCCUGGAUUGAAACAAUGAAAAGAUGUCCAGACGAACAGUUUGACUCCCGCUUACAGCAAUUGCAAAAGGAGGCCCUGGAAAAUUCUUUCGAGUCGGACUUUUCUCACCAUCACGAUCUACGACAAAAGGAGCCUUAUCUCCUGGGAGCAGGUAUGGCCACCAACGGUCAGUGGUCUGAAACGUUGUCCAUUAAGCAAUCAGCCGAGCAGGCGUCACAUGGACAACUCACGGGGAUAGUGGCGGCCGGAGAACGAACAGUGUCUGGAGGAAAACUGAUUGAGGGAGGAGGCAUGUGUAGGAUGGAGUCUUCGACAAAAGUAUUCGAGAGAACAUCAAACAUUGAUUGCUGUCUUGCUAGUGGCGGUGGAGGUAUCGGCAGCAGCGGAGGCAUCGGCAGCAGCGGAGGCAUCGGCAGCAGCGGAGGCAUCGGCGGAAGCAGCGGGGUCAGUGGAGGCAGCGGCUUUGUUAGCGGAAGUAGCGGUUUCGUUAGCGGAAGCAGCGGCUUUGUUAGUGGAGGCGGCGGUAUUGGUGGUGAUAAUUUGAUGGCCGUUCGCCGUGUUAAACUUGAAGACAUGGAAGGAGAGACGAACGAAAUCAAAAAGGAAAAUUUCCUCAAAAUCUACCACGCUUACCGCCAAUAUCUGCUCGUGCGCUACGCUCAAUCAAAAGCUUAA